AUGGAUAGUAAACAGAGUACAACUGUAUCUAUUGGGAAAUUCCCAUUUGAUUAUAGUGAAGAACAAGUAAUGCAAAUAGCCAAAUCAGUUGGACCGGUACUAGAUUUAAAAUUAUUAUUUGAUGACUUAACUGGGAAAUCAAAAGGAUAUGCGAUAAUUAAUUAUGGAGAUCAUGAAACAGCAUCAUCAGCUGUUCGUAAUUUGAAUUAUAUGACAUUACCAAAUGGAAGAUUUUUAAAAUGUUCAUUUAUUAAUGAUAUAUUUGAUAAUAACAAUGAAAAUUCAAAAAUUAAAUUACCUCCAUUACCUUUGGGAAUUCAACUUCAUCCAAAUCAAAAUGCAUCACAAGUCAUUUCAAGUAUUUUAACCAAUGUUGAUAGUAAUACUGCUUUACAAAUUAUGAAAGAAAUUAAGACUAUGAGUGUUGAUAAUCCAAAAUCAACUAAAUUAUUACUUGAAAGAUUCCCCCAAUUAGCAUUAGCUUUAGUUGAACUUGGAUUGAUUUCAAAUACUACAAAUCAAGAUUUAAUUGAAUUGACAUUAAAUAAAAGAAUACCUCCUUUAAAUGAACUUUCAAUUGAUCAUGUUAAUUUAUUAAGAGUUGUAAAUCAAUUAACAAAUGAUCAAAUUAAAGAAAUGGAUGAAAGUCAACAAAAUAUUCUUUUGAAAAUGAAAGAAGAAAUUGAAAAGGGAACUUAUGGAGAAAUUAUAGAAAGUAAUUAA